AUAUAUAUAUAAUUCUCCCGGAAAAUCUUCCAGAAAAUAAUAUUCCGGCAUUUUCUUUUUCCCUCGUUUUCUUGCACCAUAUCUCUCUUCCUUCAUUUGGUUUCAAUUUCUCGGUGUAAUUUUAUCUGGGUUGGUCUUUUUUUUUUUUUUUUUUUGUGGUGAGGUUGCUGUUUAUUUUCUCUCUCGAGUAAUAGGAAGAAAAGAAAUGUUUUUGGUGGAUUGGUUUUAUGGGGUUCUAGCAUCACUUGGUCUCUGGCAAAAGGAAGCUAAGAUCUUGUUUUUGGGGCUUGAUAAUGCUGGAAAGACCACCUUGCUUCACAUGUUAAAGGAUGAGAGAUUAGUUCAGCAUCAACCCACGCAGUACCCAACUUCAGAAGAAUUGAGUAUUGGGCAAAUUAAGUUCAAAGCUUUUGAUUUGGGUGGCCAUCAGAUCGCUCGCAGAGUGUGGAAAGACUAUUACGCUAAGGUUGAUGCUGUUGUAUAUUUAGUCGACGCUUUCGACAAGGAGAGGUUUGCAGAGUCGAAAAAGGAGCUUGAUGCUCUCCUCACCGAUGAGUCGCUAGCCACUGUUCCAUUUCUCAUCUUGGGAAACAAGAUUGACAUACCUUCUGCUGCCUCAGAAGAUGAGCUGCGUUACUAUUUAGGCCUCACUAACUUGACCACCGGUAAGGACAAGCGCAAUCUGUCCGAUUCCGAUAUCCGUCCCAUUGAGGUCUUCAUGUGCAGCAUUGUCCGGAAGAUGGGUUAUGGGGAAGGCUUUAAGUGGAUGUCUCAAUACAUCUAGUAGCUAAAUGAAUGGCAUGAGCAAGAUGUGGCCAGCAGUUUAGGGUACCCCAGAUAGUAAUAUUCCUUCAAACCCAUGUUUAAGCAUAGUGUUCAUGUAAAAAGAGUAAUUUAGUUUUCAGUUUGUAGUUGCUUUGUAGCUUGGUAAUCUAGUUUUCAGAUAGUAAUAUUCAAAGUUGUGUUUGUUUUUAAGAACCAAGUGUUUUGUUACAGAUGUAAAUUCAGCAAAUUUACAAUUUGUGGGUUAUGGGGCUCACCAAGUAA